AUGGGGGCAGUUAAGGGGCUCUUCUCGUACUCGUGCGCGCCAGGGGACACCCGGGAGCUCUGGUCCUCGGGCCACCACCUGAAGUCGUGCAGGGACGUGGCCUUCUCGCUGGACGGGCACAAGCUCUUCACGGUGUCCAAGGACAAGUCCAUCCAGGUGCUGACGGUGGAGGCGGGCUGCCUGGAGACGCGCUUCUCCAAGGCUCACAGCUCGGCGCUCAACUGCGUGCUGCCCGUCACCGAGCACGUCUUUGCCACGGGGGACGAGGGCGGCGCGCUCAAGGUGUGGGACCUGCGGAAGGGAGCCACGGUCCUGGAGGCCCAGGAGCACGAGGAGUACAUCAGCGCCAUGGCGGUGGAUGCUAACGGGAAGCUUCUGCUCACGGCCAGUGGCGAUGGCACCUUGGGCGUCUUCAACAUAAAGAGGCGGCGCUUUGAGCUGCUCUCGGAGCCGCAGAAUGGGGACCUGACGUCUGUUGUGCUCCUCAAGAGAGGGAAGAAAGUGGCUUGUGGCUCCAGUGAGGGGACAAUCUACCUCUUCAACUGGGAUGGCUUUGGGGCCACGAGCGACCGCUUCGCUCUGAGGGCCGAGUCCGUCGACUGCAUGGUGCCCAUCACAGAGAACAUCGUGUGCACGGGCUCACUCGAUGGAGUCAUCAGGGCGGUGAACGUGCUGCCGAACCGGGUGCUGGGCUGCGUGGGGCAGCACACGGGGGAGCCCAUCGAGCAGCUGGCGGUGGCGCCCGGCGGGCGGCUCCUGGCCAGCUGCGCCCACGACCAGAAGGUCAAGUUCUGGGACACGUCGGCGCUGGCCGCCAUCGUGGUGGACGACUACCGCAAGAAGAAGAAGCGUGGCGGGCCGCUGCGCGCGCUGAGCAGCAAGGCGGCGGGCGGCGGCCAGGACUUCUUCGCCGACCUGCGCGACGAGCCCGAGGCGGCGCCGGGCGACAGCGGCGACAGCGACUGA